CACGGCUGGCUCCAUAAGACACACAUGCACCAGUCCUUGACUAAGGAACGCACCGACGACCCAAAUACACCUUGUGGUCCCCAGUCACCUUCUAUUAGAGACACUUUUGCCUUUUCUUCUGCUGGGAGACGCUUUGUAAAACUCUUUGGGAGCCUCCAUGAUGCUCGGAGCAGUUAAAAUGGAAGGACACGAACACACCGACUGGAGCACCUACUACGGAGAGCCCGAGUGUUAUACCUCGGUUGGCAACAUGAACACAGGCCUGGGAAUGAACUCUAUGAACACCUACAUGAGCAUGUCCGGCAUGAGCACCACUGCCAACAUGACGGCCAACUCCAUGAACAUGUCAUACGUCAACACGGGAAUGAGUCCCUCCAUGACCGGCAUGUCACCGGGCACCGGAGCCAUGAACGGCAUGGGCGCGGGCAUGACUGCCAUGAGCGCCGCGCUGAGCCCGAGCAUGAGCCCAAUGACCGCGCAGCCGGCGUCCAUGAACGCCCUGACAUCGUACACCAACAUGAACGCUAUGAGCCCCAUGUACGGACAGUCUAACAUCAACAGGUCCAGAGACCCUAAGACCUACCGGAGGAGCUACACGCACGCCAAACCCCCCUACUCGUACAUUUCCCUCAUCACCAUGGCUAUCCAGCAGUCUCCCAGUAAGAUGCUUACACUGGCCGAGAUAUACCAGUGGAUAAUGGACCUCUUCCCUUUUUACCGACAAAACCAGCAGCGCUGGCAGAACUCCAUCCGCCACUCUUUGUCCUUCAAUGACUGUUUCCUCAAAGUGCCCAGAUCGCCGGAUAAGCCCGGAAAAGGCUCGUUUUGGACUCUGCACCCGGACUCUGGGAACAUGUUUGAGAACGGCUGCUACCUGAGGAGGCAGAAGCGCUUCAAGUGUGAAAAGAAGAUGUCCAAGGAUUCGUCGCGCAAAGCGUCGGAGGGCGGCUCCUCCAACAGCAGCUCGGAGAGCUGUAACGGCAACGAGUCCCCGCACUCCAACUCCUCCUCCGGCGAGCACAAAAGGUCCCUGUCGGACAUGAAAUCGAGCCAGGCCCUAAGCCCGGAGCACGCCGCCGCCUCCCCGGUGUCCCAGGGGCAGCACCUCAUGUCCCAGCAUCACUCGGUCCUGGCGCACGAGGCGCACCUGAAGCCAGAGCACCACUACUCCUUCAACCACCCCUUCUCCAUCAAUAACCUCAUGUCCUCGGAGCAGCAGCAUCACAAAAUGGACCUAAAGACUUAUGAGCAGGUGAUGCAUUACUCCGGCUACGGCUCCCCCAUGGCCGGUGCUCUUUCCAUGGGAUCCAUGGCGGGGAAAGCCGGUCUGGAUUCCUCAUCCAUACCGGACACAGCUUACUACCAAGGCGUCUACUCCAGGCCAAUCAUGAACUCUUCAUAAACUCUUGACCGCAGAUUCAAAAUAGACUUUCCCUCCCCGCAAUUUGUACAUUUGUAAAAAAAUUAUAGUUUGUGUAUAAUAUGUAUUUCAGAUAUUUUUGACGUUUCCCACCGUUUUAGUUGUCGAGUUUGUUAGUUGCUUAAUUAUUUUGAGAAAGGAUGUUAAUAAUAAUAAUGCUAAUGAUAAUGUGACAAGAUCUGUUCAGAAGUCGGCUUCAGGAAUGGACCCCAAAGACAACAAUAUGCUGUAAAAUAGCCUACAUCUGCAUAACUGGACUCCUAAAUGAAUUUAAAUGC